GUUAAAUAUAAAGGAACUGAGUCCUCUCAAUCAUUAGUUACUAUAAAUUCAGCAGAUAGAGAAAGAACACAUGAGGAAAAACAAAAGACAGAAAAGCAACAAGGAGCUGGUGAUCAACGGUGGAGAACUCGUGGUCAAGACAAACUUGGAUUGACAUCAAUGAAGAAGAAGCCUGAGAUGAAGAUUGACAUGGAUCGCCAAGUUAUAACAGAUCUAAACUAGCACGUGUGCGGUUAUUCAACUGAAAGUGGGAAAAACAAAUGAAGAAACAGCGGCUCUACCUUGGUUCCUCGAAAGUGUUCCACAUGUUCUUCAACUCCUACCACCGCUACCACUUUGACACAGACAUGCUCCGCAACAUCCAAAAAGUGCUCGUGGUCCCGCCGCAAAUCCCCAAAUUGAAGCCGCUGAGGCCUUUGCCAGAGCAACCAGGACCGAAGCCGUGGGCAUUUGAGACCAAGAGCCUGUCCAGCCAAUACGGCCUCGGACGGGCUCCUAGAUUGGGUAUCGCAUGUCUUCCCAAACUGGUCCAGGGAAGAGAUGGGAGAAGAUGUACAAGUCAUCUGGCUUUAGGUUUUCUUUCGCUUAGUUAUAGCAGUGGUAUAUCUUCAUGUACUAUAAUUAUUAAACAGUCACACAGGUUUCCCCACCGGAAGCUAUUUUCUUUAUUGGAAAAGUCAGAUAUCAAUUUCAAAAAUGAAACUACUGUGUAAGAGUUGAUCCACAUACUUCAAUGCAAGGGUAUUUCAAGCUUCAA